AUGCGGUCCUUUAACUCCAAGUAUCAUCCUUCCAGCAUAGUCCAAAUGGCAGUAUUCGAGGAGAUUGGCAGACAGGCUGCAGAGAUGGAAAAGCAUCCAGGACAGCACUACUGGGAGUUGUGGCUCGAUGGUGUCGACCUGGGACCUGACUUCAAGCCAGACAUUCGACCUCGACAAAAGCGACAAGCCUUUCUCAACGCAGAGAAGAAUAUGGGGUAUCGAGUCCACAAGAAUAAGAGAACGAAGACCAGAGGUGAAGAGAGGAAGAAGCGUUCCAUGUCCACUGAAGAAGCUGUGUUCUGGGCAGUCAUCGAACCAGACCAUGGUGACUUUGCUGAAGAGUUCAUCAAGGCAACAAGAACUUCCUUCGAGAAGCGAACUAGGAGAGAGCAUGAGGUCAUCAACAUCUACUGGCGGUCGGGCCUCUCCCUCGAUCCGGUAUUGAACUUCGAGAAUUCGGAGGUGACACAAACGUAG